AGACGGUAUCCGAAGACCAAACUGGCAAACUCCAAAGGCUUUCUCUUCAUUCCGAGGGUGGGUUGUGUUCUGUGCGAGUGUGUGUGUGUGUGUGUGUGUGUGAGAGAGAGAGAGAGAGAGAGAGAGAGAGAGAGAGGUUCGUCGGAGGAAAAGGAGGCAAUCGUGAUAGUGGGAGCUGGAAUCUGCGGCCUUGCUACCGCCGUUGCCCUUCGUAGGAAAGGGCUUACUAGUACAGUAGUAGAGAGAUCAGAAUCCCUAAGAGAGACAGGAGCUGCAAUUGCUAUCCACGAGAAUGGAUGGCGUGCCCUUGACCAACUUGGAGUGGGCCAAGAGCUCAGAUCAAAAGCUGUUCAAUUACAAGCGGUGCGAGGCAUGAAAUCACCGGGGGAAGUAAUUUCAUUCAUGAAUGAAGAAUUUAGGUGCUUGAAGAGAAGUGAUCUCAUCAGUGCCCUCACCAACAACCUUCCACUUGAUACUAUACGUUUUGGAUGCCAGACAGUUGCACUCAACUUGGAUCCCCAAACUUCUCAUUCUAUUGUUCAUCUUCAUGAUGGGACUAUGAUCAAGGCGGAGGUUGUGAUUGGAUGUGAUGGCGUAAACUCCGUGCUAGCUGAUUGGCUGGGGCUCAAAACUGCAAGGCAGCUUCCUCUUUGCGCAGUGAGAGGGUUCACAAAUUAUCCAAAUGGACAUGGCUUCAGCAAUGAAUUUGUCCGAAUGAGGAGAAACCAUAGUGCAUUAGGAAUAACCCCAGUCGAUGACAAGCUGGUCCAUUGGUAUGUACCCCGUCUAUGGACUCCUCAAGAUUUGAGGAUUUCAAAAGAAGCCAAGCUAAUUAGAGAUUCAACAGUAGAAUCAAUCAGGGAAGAUUAUCCAGCAGACAUGAUAGAAAUGAUAAGAAACUGUGACCUUGAGUCAUUGAGUCUCCAACGCUUGAGGUACAGGCCACCAUGGGAGAUUCUACUGGGGAACUUCUCAAAAGGAACAGUUACAGUCGCAGGGGAUGCUAUGCAUGUGAUGGGCCCAUUUGUAGGACAAGGUGGUUCAUCAGCCCUAGAGGAUGCAGUUGUCCUAGCGAGGUGCUUGGGACGAGAGAUAGGUGGCAGCAGCAGCAGCAAGAGAGAAGAAGAAGUAGAGGUAAUAAUACAGGCCAAAAGGGUAAGAAAGGCAUUUGAUCAAUACAUAAAAGAAAGAACAAUGCGGAUACUGAGACUGUCUACAGAGAGUUACCUUACUGGGUUGCUGAUGCAGUCCUCAUUUUCAGUGAUGAAGUUCAUGAUUCUCAUGCUCCUCCUAAUCCUCUUUCCCAACUUUUUUAGUCAUACCCGUUAUGACUGUGGUCUGCUUUAGGGAUAAUUCAAGUGAAACAUUUACUGAGUUAUGAUGACAGCCUCUCCGCGAAGCAAGGGUUAGGCUGCUUAAAAUAUGAUACAUAUAACCUGUUUUAGUAAGCGUGAGCUAUAUUUUGGAACUUUCAUAGCUUCAACCCUCCCUCCAGCUCUAGAGUCCACGUCUUCAAAAUUUGGAUGAUGAUGUGCUUACAUUCCAACUCCUGUAGGCUGGGUGUAAAGCUACGUUCCUCAUUAUCGUGUUCCAAUUUCCCUCAAGAGUAUCGAGCUGGUAUGUUGCGUUCUAGAGAUGAAGUUGCAAGAAGUGCUGUAUUCCAAGGCUUGAUAAGAAAUGCUGAAGAUUGAUGUCUUGUAUUCUAUAGUUUGGGUUUUGGGCGCCUCCAAAAGACGGUUAGAAGCCCAUAGGAUUUGAGGCUUGAGGAUGAGAACUUGUAACCUUAUUCUUUAUUACUAUUGAAGUCACUCUCAUCUUGCUAUUUAA